AUGGACGUCGAGAAGACGGGAGGCAGCUGGCGACCCCGCGCCUCCUCGGCCAACUCGAAGACAGGUGGCGGCGAGUCCAGCUUAGGCGAGGACGCGGGCCGCAAGACCCAGAAGGCCGAGGGGGGGCGAGUGGCUCGGGGGACGGCGGGCACCGAGGGCACGGCGCAGCGGCCUCGCAUCCGCCGAGGGGGCCGCAGGAGGGCCGAGGCCAAGGAGCGCAAGAUCACGACGAAGGACAGCGGGCUCAAGGAGCUCAUCCUCCACCCUACGAUGCUGGUGGCACAGUUGGCACAACGGUCGAGGGCGAUGUGGGGCAUUACAGCACGCGCGGUGCUGCUGGAGGAGAGCGUGGCAGUCGUCAAGGCUAUGCAGACGGAGAGCAGCAGCUUCGCCCAGAUCGCCAACGAUAUGAGGUCCGAUAUCAACAAGAUCAAGCAGAAGGCGAAAGACGACAAGGACUCGGACGCCGCGGCGGCCAGGAAGCACGACCUGGACGCGGAGCAGAUCCUGAAGGACCUACGCAAUUUGGGGCCACCCGCCCCAGCGGUGUUCUGCUCGAUGCUGGAAGCCCUCUCGAAGGAAGAGAUCGGCCGCCAGAACAGAGAGUUCCUCCAGGCCACGCUCGCGGAGAUGGACGACCAGCCACCCACAUAUGUGAGGCUGUGCAAACUCGAAGGGUGCAAGCAGCCCGACACGCUCAAGAUAGCGUACGCCCUCGACCGCACGGACCUACAGAUGAGGAUCUUCGGGAGCUUCCGCGCGAUGGGCGCCACGGUCACGGUCGGAUCGGCCCCGUCGGGCUACCUAGAGGACGAAGUAUCAGCGUGGAUAGACCUACGGCAGUGCAGCCUCGCGCACCUGGCAACUGAUGCGCACCUCGCGGUGCGGACGGACCACUGGCCCGUCCACCGAGGCUACCAGCGCGCCCAGCAGGCGGCUGUGGACGUCCAGCCGCGCCCGAGGGCGACUUCCCCGCGGGGCCCAGAGGCCUUCGCCGCGGCCACGCCCGCGCGGCGGGUGGGGCGGCUACCGCCCGCGCCCUGCGACCCCGCCGAGCCGCUCGUGGACGCCAGCCUGGUGAACAGCCUGGUGGACAGCCUCGUGGAGCACGAGCGCUGCAGGGCGGAGGCGCUCGAGGAGCUGGCGCGGCAGGCUCGGAACCCCUCUGGCGCGGACGUGCGGGUGAUGGAGCUGGAGGCCGAGGUCGCGAGGCCCAGGUUCGGGAGCUACUGA